UUCCGGAUCAGUGCUAACUGUUCCUCAGCAGGAGGUUACCAGAUAGUACAUCUGCAAACACACUUGCUUUUAAAUUUGACACAAUAGAAAACAUAUAAACCAUAAGAAAAUAAUACAAUUAUCUACAAAAAAAGGCACCUUAAAUACUGUGCUGGCUGUUUUCAUUAAACAUUUUUUAAAUGAUCAUUUGAUUUGGUUGAAGAUUCUUGGUAUAAUCAGAUUAGAAAGAGUUAGGACUCGGAGGUAAAAUGCUGUUGCUUCUAAUUCCGUAACAUAAAGACCAAGAUUAAAACUGAGAAACAGAGCUCAGUUAGCUCAGAUACAAACUUCCAUUGUAUGGGAAAUCAUGCUUGAAAAAGACAUCAUUUCAGAAAAGGCCUCAUGUCAAGGAGAAAGGUAUGAACGGAUGCACACCAAACGGCCCUAUGUACUGCAGACCAGGGAAAACUGCUGCCUUGAUGACGAUCUGGUAAAUCUGGAAGUGCUGGAUGAGGACACCAUAAUACAUCAGCUACAGACGCGUUAUGCUGACUUACAGAUUUAUACAUAUGUUGGAGAUAUUUUAAUAGCUUUAAACCCAUUUCAGAAUCUCAGCAUUUAUUCACCACAGUUUUCUAGACUUUACCAUGGUGUUAAGCGUGCCUCAAACCCCCCACAUAUAUUUGCAACCGCAGAUGCUGCGUACCAAGGAAUGGUCACAUUUUGCAAAGAUCAGUGCAUUAUCAUCAGCGGAGAGAGCGGAGCUGGGAAGACAGAAAGUGCGCAUCUGAUUGUUCAACAUUUGACCUUCUUGGGAAAGGCUAAUAACCGUGCUCUGCGGGAAAAGAUCCUGCAAGUGAAUCCUUUGGUUGAAGCCUUUGGGAACGCAUGCACAGUCAUCAACGACAACUCAAGCCGCUUUGGAAAAUACCUUGAAAUGAUGUUUACACCUACAGGAGCAGUAAUGGGUGCAAAGAUUUCUGAAUACCUCUUGGAAAAAUCCAGGGUGAUAAAACAGGCUGUGGGAGAAAAAAAUUUCCAUAUAUUUUAUUAUAUUUAUGCUGGACUGUGCCAUAAUAAGAAGCUUUCAGAAUAUAAAUUACCUGAAAGAAAGCCUCCAAGAUAUAUUGAAAAUGAGACUGGCGCAGUAAUGCAAGAUAUUGUCACUAAAGAAUCUUACCGGAGACAGUUUGCAGCAAUACAGCAUUGCUUUAGGAUCAUAGGAUUUAGUAAUGAGGAAGUUCAUUCAGUGUACAGAAUUCUGGCUGGAAUACUGAAUACGGGAAAUAUUGAAUUUACAGCAAUUUCUUCUAAACAUCAAACUGACAAAAGUGAAGUUCCAAAUGGAGAAGCAUUAGAAAAUGCUGCAGCUCUUCUCAGUAUUGGUGCAGAAGAACUACAGGAGGCACUCACCUCACACUGUGUAGUAACAAGAGGAGAAACCAUUAUCCGGACAAAUACAGUGGAUAAAGCUGCUGAUGUCCGGGAUGCUAUGUCCAAAGCUCUUUAUGGAAGACUGUUCAGUUGGAUUGUAAACCGUAUCAAUACCCUUCUUCAACCUGACAAAAAUAUAUGCAAUGUUGAAAGUGGAAUGAAUGUUGGCAUUUUAGAUAUUUUUGGAUUUGAAAACUUCAAACGAAAUUCUUUUGAACAGCUCUGCAUUAAUAUCGCCAACGAGCAAAUCCAGUUUUAUUUCAAUCAGCAUAUAUUUGCUUUGGAACAGAUAGAGUAUCAGAAUGACGGAAUUGAUGCAGCAUUGGUGGAAUAUGAGGACAACCGCCCACUCUUAGACACCUUUCUUCAGAAACCAAUGGUCUUCUGUCCCUUGCUAGAUGAGGAAAGCCGAUUUCCACAAGCACAGACCAGACUUUAGUUGGUAUGAAAAUACUGUUGAGAGUAGCUUCUGUAAUAUGAGACAAGAGAAAUACUGUCCUCCACAUGACUUAUAGACCUUUAUAUGGGACUUAGCUGAUUGCAAAAAUGACCUGCUCUACGUUUCCUAACAAAAAACCCUUUGCAUCUCUCCAUGUGUGGCGCCCUCUAGCUCAUAAUUCAACAACUGGUCUGUA